UUUCAUGAUGAACUAGUAUCUCUUCUGGAUCUUUAAUUUGGAGGUGCAGAUCACUGAUGGUUCUCUUUCUUUCAUAUGUAACAUCCAUAUAGAAGUCGUUUCUGGCCUUCAAAUAUGGUUUUUCUUCAUUUAGUUUUGGUGGGUGUUCAUUCGAUCAUAAAUUUAAAAGGAAUAUUUAAGAAUUUGGUGGGUGUUCAUUGCGCCUUCAGAUAUAUACUUUGGCGGAUAUAUUAGGAUUUAAAGCAAAUGGUAAAUAAAAUAGCUCCUGGUUUUUCCUCCUCUUCAUUCUUUUUUCCUAUUUUUUUGCUUUCUUUUGAUUUGUUCUUACUUCUGCAAGGAUUUUCCAUCUUCUCCAUACAUGAUAAAUGAUUGGGAUCAUAAUGAUCUGUCAGUUAUCAAUAUAUAUCUUAAAAUAUAUAAAAAUUGAGAAUUGCUUUCUUUUUCCCUUAGAAUUUAAGAUUUCGGUGGCUCGUCCAUUUUUCCUAGGUAUCCCGCAGUUCAUCUCUAAGGAAUAUAAGGGUGCUUCAAUGGAAAUCUCGUCAGCCAAAUGGAUAUCAGAACUGACAGUGGAGGACCCCAAUUACUUCAGCCAUCAAUACGACUUGAACCCUUUCGAUUACUCACUCGAUGGUUUUGAUCAUGAUUUUCAAUCUAUUUCUGCUGAGAGCUACUCAUCUUAUCCAGUUCUCAAAACUCCUAAAAGCAUACACACCUUUAAUGUUGGGGUGGGAGAAAAUCCUCAGACCGGCAUGGAUCAGAGACCGGCAAAACUGCUCAAGACUAGCAGUUGGAACUCUUUCAGCACCAACCGUAUUGCUUCGAAGGCUCCAGCUUCUUCCUCCUCGUCGCAGUUGAUUUCUUUCGAGAACUCGGACUCGCCUCCGGCCUCUUAUCAGCAAUUUUAUGGUCUAGACUGCACCAUGAACCCAAAGAACGAGGCAGGUUCUGAUCAUGGAAAUAGGAGUUUCCCCCCAACUUUGAUUUCUGAGAAGCCCUCUAAGAUGCAAAAUUGUUCACCAAAACAAGAGCAGUUCCCCAAGAGGGUCGGUUCAAUGACUAGAACUCCAUUACAUGCCCAAGAUCACGUAAUAGCAGAGAGAAAGCGCCGAGAAAAACUCAGCCAGAGGUUCAUAGCACUUUCAGCCAUUGUUCCUGGCCUAAAGAAGAUGGACAAGGCUUCUGUCCUGGGAGACGCUAUUAAGUACUUGAAACAGCUACAAGAACGAUUGAAGAUACUGGAAGAGCAGACUGCCAAGAAAACAAUGGAAACGGUGGUUUUUGUGAAGAAGACUCGGAUCUCGGCCGAUGAUGACACCUCUGCAUCUGAUCAGAACUCCGAUAGCCACUCCGAUGAGCCACUCCCUGAAGUUGAAGCUAGACUUUCGGAGAAGAAUGUGCUCAUUAGAAUCUACUGUGAGAAACGCAAAGGAUGCACCGCAAAGAUACUAAGCGAAAUAGAGAAACUUCACCUAACUAUCACAACUAGCAGCGUCUUGCCAUUUGGGAAUUCCACCGUUGAUAUGACUGUUGUUGCUCAGAUGGACGUUGAUUUCUGCAUGACAGGGAAAGAUCUGGCGAGAAACCUACGACAGGCUUUGCUGAAACACAUGUGAAAUUGCAAGUUGAAAACUCGAAGAACUGUCAAAUGUUUUUUUCUUUCUUUUUUUAGAGUCUUCAACACAUCAGAAACGUGGGUUUAUCGAUGAUGAAUAAGCUCUACUUGCAGACAAGUCUCCUUUUAUUUUUUUCAGUGUCUUUCUAGAACCUCUUGAGAUAAACGAAGGCCUGUAAACCUUUCACUGUAAUUAUUGUUGCGAGACUCAAAUUCGGGGGCAGGGUUUUUCACC